CUAUCGUAGAAGCAGCACAGAGAGUGGCUGCACUCGGACCUCGUACCGUUGUCAUGCUGGUUGUGGCCGUCGUGUUCCUCAUCCUCACAUGGACGUCAUUCGCACUUCGAGUCUAUGUGCGGGCGAUUAUGAUUCGCUCAUUCGGCAAGGAUGAUUGGAUGAUGCUUGUUACGAUAUGCUUGUUCACAUCAUGUUGUGGUCUCUUGAUAACCAUCGAACAAAUUGAGCAAAGCGACAGACCGCACCGAGUGUUGAAGGAAGGUCCUUUGGCACAGCUGGAGCUUCUCAAUUACAUUAUGAAGUACAUUGUAUCCUUGAUGGGCUUGUACAUCUUAACCACCGUCGCCUUGAAAAUCAGCCUUGCCAUCUUCUUCCUCCGCAUCGUCAUUCGACGCUGGCAACGAAGAGUCAUCUACGCUGUCACUGGGAUCUAUACGGUCUUCGGUAUAGCAUGGGCCUUCAUCGCCGUCUUCCAGUGCGGUAUCCCAACGCACUUCUUAGUCAAAGAAUCCUCUGGAUUAUGCAUCCCGGACACCAUCCUCCAACCUCUGAACUACACCCACGCAGCCCUCAACGCAGCGAGUGACUGGACAUUCGCCUGCCUCCCCGUCUUCGUCCUCUGGAACUCGCAGAUUCCUCGCGCCGCAAAAAUCUCCUCUGGCCUAUUACUCUCACUUGGUGCUAUUGGGAGUAUCUCCUCAUUAAUCCGCAUUGCAUAUAUCCCAGGCUUAAAGACCGGACCAGCUUUCUUUAGCAAUGCCAUCAACAUAGGAGUCUGGAGUUGUAUCGAGCCAGGCUUGGGCAUUGUAGCAGCCUCUCUAGCCACACUUCGCCCACUGUUCAAAAACAUGAUGGAGAAAGCUCGAAACACUACGAAUUCCAGUCAUAGCAGCAAGACACUCAGUCGCAACUCCAAAGUCUCAUUGCAGAGAAAAGCCACUUAUUCGAGUAUGAAAUUCAGCGAACGCGGAUACCUUCAGAUGGACGACCAUGAGAAAAAGACAUGUGCAAUGGGGAACUCCAUAACAGUAUCUGGAAACCUCAAAACCUCACUGCCAAAUCAAGUCUUUGAGUUACAUCCCAUCAAUGAGGGAAGGAAAUCGACUUCAAGUACGAGGACAGAGGAGAGAAGCUUUGAUGAUGCAGUGGGAGUGACACCGAUGGCUAUCAAGAGUUGGUUUCCUGAUGACGAGGUCUUGAUGACUAGACAUGUCAACAUCUACGAUGAGGAAGCUGCAGAGUGGCCAGCACCUCCGCAUAGAGACGCGUAAGCAUGCAAGAAACUCUGCUUCUCAUCGAGUAACAAUCAUUAUGAAUUUAUGUCUUUCUAUGCCAG